AUGCCACAGUAUUAUGAGUUUUCAGUUCCAUAUGUAGGAUGUGGUGGCCACUUAUCACAACCAUUUGUCUUAUUGCUGCGGCAAUUGCGAUCUUCUGCUGCGCAUGCUACUGUUGUCCCUGCUGUUCAUAUCUGGCAGACUGUGGCAAAGGUCUUUGCAGUUGUUUUACGUGCUGCUGUGAGAAAGAGAGGUCUGAAGAACACAAACCACUUAAAAAAAAGAACAUUUGUUUGCUCUUUUAUUGCUGCUUAUUUGCCUGUCUGGGUUAUUAUCAAUUGUUUUGAUAUGAGAAGGGCUACCAAUUCUCCACCUUUUGCUCACUUGUGCCUGUUCCAAUGGAAGCUGAAUGCUUUCGAUCUAACAACGAAUCGGAGUUCCACUUUCCUACUCCUCAGUGUUGUGCGUUUGUGGAAAGGAGAGUAUUUUUCUGAAGGUGUGGAUGUGGAGAUAAGUAGCACCCAAGUCACAUUUGAACAUUACAUUGAGUGUGUUCAUGAAGCAGAGGGGAUGUGGAAAGCUAAAAGGAAACAAGGUGUGAUUAGGCUAAAGUUUGGUUGGUGUCGAGGUCGUAAAGUCACCGACGUACAUGUGAUGUGGUUCUUGCAAAAAAUAAAAUGA